AUGAAGGAGAAGUCUAAGAACGCGGCCCGGACGCGGCGGGAGAAGGAGAACAGCGAGUUCUACGAGCUGGCCAAGCUGCUGCCGCUGCCCUCCGCCAUCACCUCCCAGCUGGACAAGGCGUCCAUCAUCCGGCUGACCACCAGCUACCUGAAGAUGAGGCUGGUCUUCCCCGAAGGCCUCGGGGAGUCCUGGGGUCAUGUGAGUCGCAGCUCUCUGGAUGGAGUCAGUCAGGAGUUGGGCUCUCACCUCCUCCAGACGUUAGACGGCUUCAUUUUCGUGGUGGCUCCAGAUGGGAAGAUCAUGUACAUCUCAGAGACGGCCUCGGUCCACCUGGGCCUGUCGCAGGUAGAGUUGACGGGAAACAGCAUCUACGAGUACAUCCACCCGGCCGACCACGACGAGAUGACGGCCGUGCUCACGGCUCACCAGCCGUACCACUCCCACUUCGUCCAAGAGUACGAGAUGGAGCGCUCCUUUUUCCUGAGGAUGAAGUGCGUCCUGGCUAAGAGGAACGCCGGUCUGACCUGUGGAGGCUACAAGGUGAUCCACUGCAGCGGCUACCUGAAGAUCCGGCAGUACAGCCUGGACAUGUCUCCUUUCGACGGCUGCUACCAGAACGUGGGGCUGGUGGCGGUGGGCCACUCCCUGCCGCCCAGCGCCGUCACCGAGAUCAAGCUGCACAGCAACAUGUUCAUGUUCAGAGCCAGUCUGGACAUGAAGCUCAUCUUCCUCGACUCACGAGUGGCAGAGCUGACAGGUUACGAGCCUCAGGAUCUGAUAGAGAAGACUCUCUAUCAUCACGUCCACAGCUGUGACUCCUUCCACCUGCGCUGCGCUCAUCACUUGUUGCUGGUGAAGGGUCAGGUCACCACCAAGUACUACCGCUUCCUGACCAAACACGGCGGCUGGGUCUGGGUUCAGAGCUACGCCACCAUCGUACACAACAGCCGCUCGUCUCGGCCUCACUGCAUCGUCAGCGUCAACUACGUCCUCACGGACACAGAAUACAAAGGCCUGCAGCUGUCCCUGGACCAGGCCACGUCCAAGUCCUCCUUCCCCUACAGCAGCAGCAGCAGCCUGGCGGACAACUGCAAGACCCCCAAGAGCAGGAUACCCCGGCCCAAGACCAAAGCCAGACUGUCCCCGUACACCCAGUAUUCCAGCUUCCAGCCCGAGCGCUCGGAGUCGGAGCAGGGCAGUCCGUGGGGCAGCAGCCCCCUCACCGACUCCGCCUCCCCCCAGCUGCUGGAGCACGGCGACGGCCCGGACGCCUCCUGUGGCUACAGGCAGCUCCCAGACUCCCGCUCGCUCUGCUACAGCCUGGCGGAGGAGCAGCACCACGCCGCCGCCGACGGCCACGCCCACGGCCAGGGGCAGAGCUGCGAGCGGGGGCGGUGCGAGGCCGGCCGGUACUUCCUCGGAGCGCCUCCGCCCGGCAGAGAGGCGUGGUGGGGCGCCGCCCGCUCCAUCCUGCCCCUGAGCAAGAGCUCCCUGGAGAACCAUGAGGGAUACGAGGGCAUCGUGCCUCACAUCACCGCCAUCCACAGCUACCACGGGCGGAGCCACUGGGACGAGGACAGCGUGGUCAGCUCUCCAGACGGCGGCUCGGCCAGCGACUCGGGGGACCGGUACCGGGCCGACCACUACCGCUGCAGCCCGCAGGAGCCCAGCAAGAUCGAGACGCUGAUCCGAGCCACGCAGCAGAUGAUCAAAGAGGAGGAGAGCCGGCUGCAGCUCCGCAGAGGCCCUCAGGACGGCCCGCUGGGGCCCGCCAACGGCCUGCCCAAGGGCCACGGGCCCUGCUUCACCGCAGAUUACACUCAAGGACCCCUGCCCAUGCACACUGUGGUGUGUCGAGGUUUGAGUCAGGUGAUCAGCCCGGCGCCGAGCCCCGCCCCCUUGUCCCGGCUCAGCAGUCCGGGUUCUGAGCGGGCCCACAAGCCCAAAGACUACCUCCAGACGGACCUGUCCCCCAUCUCUUUGCAGCUGCACCACCCGCUGGGCCGGCCGGGGCCCUGCUCGGCCUCCCCGACCCCGGCCCCGGCCCUCUACCCCUCUCACCCCCACCCGCGGCCCUACUUGGACAAGCACGCGGCGUACUCCCUGACGGGCUACGCCCUGGAGCACCUCUGUGACCCGGAGAGCCUGCGAGGCUACAACACAGGCCCCGCCCCCUACGACCACUUCCGCCUGCAGCCCGAGCAGACCCCCACACACAAAGGCACCUCGGUCAUUAUCUCCAACGGGAGCUAA